CAAGAAAUACCCAGGAGAAAGUGCGAGACACGAAGAGAGAACACAAUGUGUGGCGGCGCCAUCCUAGCGGAGCUGAUCCCGCCGACGGCGCGCGGUGUGUCGAAGCUUCCGGCCACGGGCCGUGCGUUGCCGGCGAGCUCCGAGUCCAAGAAGGGCCUCAAUCAGAAGAGGUACCAGCACGCCGAGGUCGACGACUUCGAGGCCGCCUUCGAGAACUUUGAGGACGACUUCGACCUGCAGGCGGAGGAGGAGGAUGACGACGGCGCACAUGCUGUUUUCGCGUCCAAGCCUGCAUUCUCUCCUGCUUUCGAUGAUGGUCGCGCGGCACGGUCGGCAAGCAAGAAGAAGCGCGUCCGCCGCCUCCACGGCAUCCGGCAGCGGCCAUGGGGCAAGUGGGCGGCGGAGAUCCGCGACCCGUACAAGGGCACCCGCGUCUGGCUCGGCACGUUCGACACGGCCGAGGAUGCCGCCCGGGCCUACGACGUCGCCGCCCGCCGCCUUCGCGGAAGCAAGGCCAAGGUCAACUUCCCCGCCGUUGCCGGGGCGCGCCCGCGCCGCGCAGCAGCCAAGCGCGGAAACGCCCCGAAACCGGAAUGCCCUCGGGCGCAGACGAUGGCAUACACUGCCACAGAAGCAACAUACGCGCAGCAGGAGCAGGGCGCGGUGGCCGUGAAGCCCGAGCUGAUGGCGUCUUUCGACAUGGACGCCAUGUUCAGCCUGACCGCCGCCGUCGCCGUGUUUCCACCGGUCAUGGAGAGCUCCUUCGCCGACAGCCCCGCGAAGAAGCCGAUGGUCGACCAGGACUCGUCCGAGGCGAGCAGCGGCGCCGCCGCGCUGGCGUUCGCGGACGAGCUGGGGUUCGAUCCGUUCAUGUUGUUCCAGCUCCCCUGCUCGGACACUUACGGAUCCAUCGACAGCUUCUUCGCCGGUGACGCUAACAUCCAGGAUGGCACCGGCGUGAACAGCGGCAUGGACGGCGUCAGCCUCUGGAGCUUCGAUGACUUCCCCAUGGACGGCGCCCUUUUCUGACGUUGUCCGUGUGAUGCACUCGAUCAGUUAAGGCUCCUACUACAACGUUCCUGGGCCAAAGAUCAUGGUUGCUUUGUUGCUCAUCAGAAUAUAUUCUACGUUCUACAGUUGGAGUUUAUUCGUCAGACUGUGUAUGGCCGGCUGAUCAAACUGUAUUGUACCAUGUCAUGAUUUGAGCCACCCUUUCAUACUGCUGAUCAAUAGUCCUACCAAGUGAUCAUGUCGGCGAUGCCAUCUAUUAUUGUGCUUGUGCUUGUCUGAUGGUUAAUACUGUACCAAAUAAGUUUGUGAUGUUGUGUAACCUACUCAUCAUGACAUAUUGAGUUGGAUUAUGUA